AUAAGAACGUUUAGUUUAAGUAGUGCGUAUGCUUUAUUACAGAAAUACGUCGCUAUAAUUCCACCAAAUCCAGUGUUCACUUUCACCCUGCCACAUUUAGCCGGCAUUCUGAACACAGUUGUGUACCUUUGAAAGCGUAGAACCCUUGUGAUACUUCAGAAUUUAUGUAAGCAACAGUCAACAUGUCGGAAGACGACAAUUGGUCCGUAAAUUGCAUCGAAACCAGCGACUGGAUGCCAUCACCGGAGGAACUCGAAGCAGCCUACUGCGCCCUCGAAAAAGGAACCUACACACUAGACCUAAACUGGAAAUGUCCCGGACGGCGAGCUCCUUCACCGGCGAAAAAGGACGAGCCAAAAGUGACCGAAGUGGUCGAUAAGGAAGCUGCCGCUAAAAACAAGGAAUUCGACUUCAUGGAUGACGUCGCCCUGCCACAGAUGCGUGUACGAGGCCAGAAUAGUGGCCCGAAAGGAUCCGCGAAAAAGAAAACGACCAACUUUGCUGGAGUGCUGGAUCACAUGAAAAAACACGGCCGUCUCACACAGUCAAAAGAUAGUUCAGGAUCAUAAGCGGAACUGAGCUCGAGCCCUGUGCUGCUCUGAACUUUAGCGGUCUGAACUAAAGCGGCCAGGAGAAGACCUCAAAACGGAAGCAUUUUGCACCAUGUGGCCGCAACCAUGUGUGUGAACCUCGUCAACUAUUUGCUAGUGGAAACGCUGAAGCUUGUCGGUGCCCAGGAAGGGAGGUCAGCAGGGACAAAUUAAUAGAUCGAUCGGCCGUUAAACGACAGUAAACAGUUUAUAAAUAAAAUUUACGAUGAAGGUUUUCUACGUUCGCUGCCAAACGGCGGAAAGCAGCGCGAGAAAAUAGAAUCCCUUCGAGAAACAGGUGUUAGUUCAAUAAUUCACAUGCAUUGCACGUAAAUACUUUACGAACGUUGGGAUUUUGGUUAGAGCACAACCAAAAGUACCUCAU